AUGAAUAUGUACGAGGAACGCAUGAAACAUCCUCAUUCAAUGGAUUCAGAGACAUCUCCAGCUCUAAUGGAUGCCAAUAGGAUGGCCCUUCUCAAAUCAGCAACCAAUCAUCAAGGCCAGUUGAUACGAGGCAAUUCUGGGAACUUGUCAGCCACUUUGCAGCAAAUUCAAGGACGAUCUCAACUGACCACUGAUAUUAAAGGGGAAAUUAACUUGGGAGCAACUCAGAAAUCUGUGCAAAUGGAUUCUUCCUCUAUCUAUGGACAAGCAAUGUUGCAGUCAAAGUCUGGAUUGGGCGGUGCAGGAUUGCAUCAAGGUGUCACUGCUCUUCCACUGAAGGGUUGGCCACUGACUGGAAUCGAUCAAUUACGACCAAGUUUAGGUUUGCAAGUACAAAAGCCCAAUCUGCAGACUCAGAAUCCGUUUCUUUUGGCAACACAACAGCAGCAGGACUUAGCGCAAGCCCAGGCACAAGGCAACAUUGGAACUUCAUCCAACUAUGGGUUAUGUGGAUUACCAAGGGGUAAUUUGAAUGCAAAAGAUGGUCAGACCACCAGAAAUGAUGGAUCUAUAUGCUCCCCAUUGCAAUCAAAUUCGCCUAAGGAUGGUGGAGUUUCAAGGCCACAAGUCUCAUGGUCAAAGUGA